CUCACCUCAUAACAUUCGGUCAGGUCACACGGUCGGCGUCGACAAUUUAUCACUUGGCAAAAUGACAUUUGCAAUCGCUAUUUUUGCGUUCUGCACGGCGGUGGUGGCUGCGUCGCCCGCGCGAUCCACGCGCCACUACGAACCAGGUCUGCUCCAGUCUACAUCUCUUCAGAGCAGCUCGCUGCAGCAGACGCAGUAUGAAUCCACGUCACUAGAGCAAAAGACCUACCAGCCACAGCAGCCACUAUACAAUAUACAGCCUAAUCCCACGUGGCAAGCGCCUCCUGUGAUACCCCUGAACCAGAAUAAAGUAUACUCGGGGCCCCAAUACACGGCUCAAGAGCCAAUUUACACUCAGCAGCUGCCUGCAGUGCAAAACAUUCAAUAUACACAACAACACAGACCUAUCCAGCAAUACAAUUCAGUGCAACAGUAUAGUCCCAUUCAACAAUACACUUCCAGUAAUCAGUACACUUUACCACAACAGUACACACCCACACGGCAGUACAUCUCUGUUCAACAAUACACUCCCACACAACAGUAUACACCUGUCCAACAGUACACUCCCAGACAACAGUACACACCUAUCCAACAGCACACACACCAGUACACACCCGUACAACACACUCCUAUUCAGCUGUACAGGCCCCUCCAAGAAUACAGACAGGUGCAGCCCAUCCAGAGUUAUGUUCCUCACAAUUAUGGAAGCUACCAACGUGUGGAGCCUUGGUGUUAAUAUAUCGUAAUAGUAUUUACAUUGCAGUAAAAAUAAUGUACUACCAUAAAGGAAUGUAUGAGACUGAAAAAGAAUUAAAGUGUACCUCACUGUUGCUUACAAUUAUAGUAAAAACUAAAAACCCA